CAAACUGAGCUCCGUCAAUGAUGAAUAUAUAAAGAACAGAGAAGAGUAUGAAGAGGCUCAGGAUGCAAUUGUUAAGGAAAUCAUUAACAUUGCUUCAGGUUAUGCAGAACCAAUACAGACGAUGAAUGAUGUGAUAGCUCAAUUAGAUGCAAUUGUCAGUUUUGCGCAUGUGUCAAACGGAGCACCAGUGCCGUAUGUCCGUCCUGUCAUUCUGGAAAAGGGACAAGGAAGGAUUGUGCUGAAAGGUGCCAGGCAUCCUUGCAUCGAAGUGCAAGAUGAGGUGGCCUUCAUCCCCAAUGACAUUAUGUUCGAGAAGGGCAAGCAGAUGUUCCACAUUAUUACUGGCCCUAACAUGGGGGGAAAGUCAACGUACAUCCGACAGACAGGGGUGAUCGUUCUUAUGGCCCAAAUCGGGUGUUUUGUACCGUGUGACUCUGCAGAAAUAAGCAUUGUGGAUUGCAUCCUGGCUCGGGUGGGAGCUGGAGACAGUCAGCUGAAAGGCGUGUCUACUUUCAUGGCUGAAAUGUUAGAAACUGCUUCAAUCCUUAGGACGGCAUCUGAAAACUCCCUGAUAAUCAUUGAUGAGCUGGGAAGAGGAACUUCCACCUACGAUGGCUUUGGCUUGGCGUGGGCUAUUUCAGAAUACAUCGCUACCAAAAUCUGUGCUUUCUGUAUGUUUGCCACACAUUUUCAUGAACUGACAGCUCUUGCUGACCAAGUGCCGACAGUAAAUAACCUGCAUGUUACUGCUCUGACCAGUGAUGAAACACUGACGAUGCUUUAUCGUGUCAAGGAAGGUGUUUGUGACCAGAGUUUUGGAAUACAUGUAGCAGAGUUGGCAGCUUUCCCAAAACAUGUGAUAGAAAGUGCAAGAGAGAAAGCAUUGGAGCUGGAGGAGUUUCAAAACAUUGGCAAAUCCAAGGAAUCUGAAGGAGAGCCACCAGCCAAGAAAUCCUACAGAGAAAGAGAGGAAGGUGAAAAGAUAAUUCAGGAUUUUCUUUGUCAAGUGAAAGCAUUGCCCUUGACAGAUAUGUCAGAAGAAGACAUCAAAAUCAAGCUGAAACAGCUGAGAAAUGAUGUGUUGGCAAAGAACAACAGUUUUGUGAAUGAAAUAGUUUCCCGAACGAAGGUUACAUCAUGAAAGGUGCGAGAACAGGAUACAGCUCUUGAAGCACGUUUUCCAUUGCAAGAACUAUAAUUUUCUUGUCUUGUAGCUUUUAUACUUUAUGAUACUUGUACUGAUUUAUGUAGACUUUUUUUUCUUGGAUUGUAAUUAUUUUGUAAAAAAUUCUGAGCACAUUGAGUGCCA